AUGAAAUUCUUCGUCUUAGCAGCUUGUUUAGCUUUGGCUGCCGCUCGUCCUGAGCCACCAAGCGGUUACUCGUACUCACGCCCCGGUGGAUCCGGCGGACACGGAGGUAGCUCAGGCGGAUUCUCCGGCGGACACGGAGGCGGCUCGGGAGGCUUCUCCGGAGGCGGCAUCUCAGGAGGUGGCUUCGGCGGAGGCAGCUCUUUCGGAGGCGGCAGCUCAUUCGGUGGCGGAAGCUCUUUCGGAGGAAGUGGAUUCGGUGGAAGCUCAUUCGGCGGAAGCUCAGGAGGCUUCGGCGGUGGCAGCUCCUUCGGCAGCGGCGGACAAACCGUUGUCCAAAAACACAUCUACGUCCAUGUUCCUCCUCCAGAGCAAGAAGAAGUCCGUGUUCAACGUCCUCUUCCCGCUCCAGUGAACCAAAAACACUACAAAAUUAUCUUCAUUAAGGCCCCAAGCCCACCUGCAUACCAAGCACCAAUCAUUCCCCCAGCUGCCCAAAACGAAGAAAAGACCCUCGUCUACGUCUUGGUCAAGAAACCCGAAGAACAACAAGACAUCGUUAUCCCAACUGCUGCCCCAACACAACCCAGCAAACCCGAAGUUUACUUCAUCAAGUACAAGACCCAAAAGGAUUCUGGCUCAAGCGGUUCAUUCGGAGGCAGCAGCGGCGGAUCAUUCGGAGGCUCUAGCUCAGGCUCAUUCGGCGGAUCUGGAUCAAGCGGCUCAUUCGGAGGUCUUGGCGGAGGUCUCGGCGGUGGAUCUUUCGGAGGAUCUGGACAUGGAGGUUCUGACAUCUCUGGUAAUUUUUCCUCAAAAACAAUUCUCAUGAAAAAAUUAUUUUAA